GCGCUUGGUCUUCAGUAUUUAAGUGCGUUAAUUCAGUUUGCCUGGUAGUUCCCUGGUGGCACGAACUAAAGAAUCGUGAUUCGUAAUCCGUGAUUAUUGUAUUCUGCUAUUCUUUCAAGGAGACGUGAAAGACUGGAGAAGUUAUAAAGACUGCGCUUCCAUUAAACUCCAUCAUGGCGAACUCAGGAGUGCAGCUGCUCGGGUUUUCCCUGUCCCUGUUGGGCAUCAUGGGGCUCAUCAUUGGCACAGUACUGCCACAAUGGAAAAUGUCAGCCCAUGUGGGAGACAGUAUCAUCACUGCUGUGGCUACUUACCAGGGCCUGUGGAUGUCUUGCGCUUUCCAGAGCACCGGCCAACUCCAGUGCAAAAUCUACGACUCGGUCCUGCAGCUAGACAGUUCUCUCCAAGCAACUCGUGCUCUAAUGAUAGUUGGCAUCAUCGUGUCGAUUGCUGGACUGGGAGUCGCCUGUGUGGGUAUGAAGUGCACCACAUGUGGAGAAGAAAAUAAAGUGCGUAAAGCCCAUACUGCUAUGACAGGAGGCAUCAUAUUGCUCAUCGGGGCUCUUAGCGCAAUCGUUGCAUGCUCUUGGUUUGCACACAACGUGAUCCGUGCUUUCUACAACCCUUACACUCCAGUCAACACCAAGUUUGAAUUCGGCUCAGCCAUUUUCAUAGCAUGGGCCGGAUCUUUUCUCGAUGUUCUUGGCGGAGCUUUAUUGGCUGCCUCCUGCCCUCAAAGAAAACAGGUGACUAAGUACUCUAAAAACUCCACUCGCACCACCAGCAGCACCAAGGAGUACGUGUGACUGAUUUCAGAAGAUCAGCCAGGAACUGUAUAUGAUAAACGAACCCUGUGAAAGGAAACAGGACUGAGCCUGAUAGAUUAAACUGAAGUAGGAGGAAAACGUGGUUACUCCAUAGAGUAAGAAUGGCAGAAGGUGCUGAUUAUAAUUUACCAUUUUAUUCAGCAUUCUAAUAUCCUACACUUACUGGAGAUUAAAGUUUACGUUUUAUAAUGACCCAUGGUGCAAAAGAACAUUUAUUACUAGCUCUUUGAGUUCUUGCUUCUUGUACACAAUCUGAAUUCCAUCACAGUGCUUUUGAAAGAUUAGUGUUGAAUGUGUUAGGCCUGUUUCACAUCGGAUGCGUAAGGAAAGAAGUAGCAGCUCAUAUUAUUUAAGCGCAUACGCUAACGGGAUGCAUUCACACUGCACGCCGAGGCGGCUUGGUGGCACGAAGAGUGAUUGAUUAGGCACUGAGUGUGUUUUUGCCACCUAUAAGUGCCUUAUUUCUGAUCAAAUAAACAUGGGUUGACAUGGAAAAUGAACAACUUCUCCAUAAAAGCAUAUCCCUGAUAUCUAUAGAGAAUGAAAACAUGGAAGAUAAAUCAAAUGAACUUUAAUAAGACUCUAGAAAUUAAAUUAACUUGAGCUUUUCUGCUAGAAUUUACUUUAACACCGUCUGCAUUUAAAAAUUCAAUUCAACUACUGCGAACUCUAUUUGUGGUCCAGGGUUCAUCUGUGUGUGAGCUGCUUCUGCUCUGCUUAUGCAUCCAGUGUUAAACCUGUGGAAGAUGAUGUGCUACCUUCAUGCUCGCUAGAGGGCGUUAGAUGUCCCUAAUUUCUUGUGUAAUGUUCACAACUGCCCAGAAAAGUGACCAAAUCUUUUCACUGUCUACCAGGAAAAUGGUGUACAUGAUCCCUGGACAAGCAAGAAUUUUAAUUUAACCCUCCAAGUAAAACAUUUAUUAAAACAAAGAUUUUGCCAAAAAUAAAUAAAUAAAUAAAUAAAUAAAAAAGUAUCCCAGUCCACCCCAAAACAGCAUUCAAAAGUCACACAAAUGCUGUUUUUACUGUUUCUUUUUGGGCUGACAUUAGGAAUUUGAGUUAUAUUUGUCAGUCUUGCAGAUUUAGUUAUAGAAAAAUGAAUGUAUGUAUUAGAGUAAUGUAUUAACGUUAGAGCCUCGAUGGCUGUCGAGGCUACAGUAUUAAUUUCUUUAUCUCUUGAUAGUGCAAGACAAAAGAUUAACACACUCCACUUCUGUCUCAACUCAACCUCUGUUUUAAAAUAUAUUGAAUUUACAUAACACUGGCACUUAACUUUGAUCAAAACAAACUAUGAGAAUUGUCUUGAGUAAACACAGAAACAAAACAAAAGUCAGAGCUUGGCAAAUAUAUCAUGGUUAAAAAAUGACUGACAAAAUAGUACAUAUACAAAGAAGAAUAGUGAUACAAGAGCUAGUGGUGACCUGCCUGUUUCUGUGUGUAUUUUGCCCCCAUCUGAAAGAGUUUCAUUGUUGUAAACAGUUUAUAAUUCCAGGUCUGAGAAGCACAUUCUAGUAUGUAUGUAUGUAUGUAUGUAUGUAUGUAUGUAUGUAUGUAUGUAUGUAUGUAUGUAUGUAUUGAUGGAGGGAUGGAUGGAUACGUUAUUCAACUCAGUGGGAAACGCAGUAUCCACAAUCUUGGGAAAUAAGGCAUACAAUAAAUACUAAAAAAAAAUCAAAAAGUGCAAAUCUUUGUAUUAAGGUGCAUUAUGUACAUUUUGUAGAGUGGUUCUGUGCACAUUUUUGUAAUUCCUAUACACUAACAUACAGAAUCUGCUCAUAAAGGGCUUGACUCGGAUGCACAGACAUUACAAAAACACACCAGCCAUGGGGUCCUUAUGACUGCAAUAAGAAAAUAAACAGUGAUUUAGAUCAGAUCUUGUGUCUGAAUCUCUGUUAGAUCACACAAGGGACCUGGUGAAGUGAAAAUAUCAAGCACAUAAAAACAACCUAAUAUGAGUGUUAGAGUGUUGGAGACGUUUUCAGUGAGUCAGUGGGUUUUGUAUGUCUUCAACCAAUUUAUGUACAUUUACAGUAACCAUAUAAAGUGAUCCAUAUAAUCAAGUGUAUUUGUGUUGCAGUGUAUUACAGCCCCCACAUGUGAGGUUACGGCUCUCUGUGUUCAGCGAGUUUUAUGUUUUUUCUUAGUUUGUUUUGCUAUGAUUAUGAUUUCAAAAUAAAUUGCCACAAUUCAAAAUAAAAUUUGUAUUAUUUCUAA